AUGGCGAAACAAAGAACCAUAUCAAAGCGCUCCCGUACAGCUCGCCGAGCUGCCUCACCUACAUUCGAGACAGACAAGGCUCUCAAGGAUUACAAGCCUCCCGCCCGCGCCUCUGCCCCCCGCCCGUCGGUCCUCGCCAUUCACCAAUCCGCAGGCAUUGACAAGAAGCCCUCGAAGCGCGGCCGCAAGAGCCAACUCUCCUCCAAAGCCCGUCGCCGCCAAGAGCGUGGCCUGCAGAUGGCCGAGGCUAUCGUCGAGCGCACAAGCGCCAAGGUUGAGAAGAGCAAGGUCAGGGGUCGCUCCGUCCAGGAGAGGAGCAAGACUUGGGAUUCGAUCAACAAAAAGGCCCUGGAUGCCAAGGAGGUCCAAGCCGACGACAGUGACGACGAGCCUGAGCAGGAUGCUUCCAAGACUGCCGAGGACAAAGGCUGGGAGACCGACGAGGAUAUGGAUGGUAAACAGGACGACGCUGCUGCUGAAUCUAAGCCUGAGACUGCGGACGAGGGCUAUCUCGCAGUUGAUGCCGACGACGAUGUGAUCCUAUAG